ACAUGAUCUUCAUCUUCUUCCUCUAUCAUCUUCAUCAUUUACAAACUUAAAAACCCAUAAAAAAAAUUCAAAAACAAUAAACCUGGAUUUCUUUCUUAUUCUCCUUGCAGUAAACCCAAGAAGAUUCAUCGACUUCAUCUAAAUCAUCCUUAUCUUAUCAAACAUGACAAACAAAAAUCUGAUUCACAAUCACAUAAGAACGCAACUCAAUUUCCAAACCCCACAAUGCAACAUAAACCUUAAUUCCCAAACACAAAAACAACAUCAAAGAAGUCUGAUUAUUUGGGAGUGAAAGAGGGUGGGUUUCUCAUUUUGUCGUUCUUCCUUUAUGAACCGUCACAGGCUAUGGUGCGCCGGCCCUAAUCCCUAAAGCAAGCACACUCCUCAUUCUUCCUCAACCCUCACCAACCGCCGGCCACCACUGCUCUCUUUCCAGAUCUGCGCCGUCAUCACUUCUUUCUCUCUCCGAUAUGAAAUUCUAGCCCCUCAAGGAGACCUUGCGUCACCACCACCUCCUCUUUCCGAUUUGAAGCAGUGCGCCGCCUCCACUAAUUCUGAUUGUUGCGUCGACGUGCCGUCGCCCCUACUUCGAUUUCUUCUUCCCCAUUUUGGGUAUCAGUUUUGGGUUUCUCCAAUUUUGGGUUUUCAUGGUGAAGAGGAUGUUAGAAAGUUAGGAAUUUGGUGUUUGUGCAUUUGCUGGAAAGAAAGGGGAGAAAACUCAAAGUAGAGAGAAAGGGAGGGGGGAGGAAGAACGUAAUCGAAAUCAGGGGCGAAGAUUAGCGGCGGUGUUGUAGAUGGAGAUCAGCGGCGACGGUAAUUGAGACGAAUAUGAUGAGGAAUAAGUAUUUUCUGGGGUUUGGGUUAAAAAAUGAUGAAAGAAGAAGUGUUUUCUGGGUUUAUUUUUAUUUUUUAAUUAAUGUUUUUGGUGUGAUUGCACUUUUGGUCCCAAAAACGUUAAUUUUUUAACGGAAUAUGGAUGAGGGACCAAAACUAUUGACGGAGGGUAACGUUGGGGAGGCAUAAUGCUAUUUUUAAAGUUUAGGGAUUUCAUUUGCACAUUUCGCAUUUGUGGGGGACCAAAAGUGCUAUUAAGCCUAAAGAUAAAUAAAGAGAAUCUGUGGGUAGAGCAUUACUAUUUUGCACUUUGAGAUUCCCAUUUCCCUCCCAUCCCUUUCCCAUCACUCUCCCCCUUUCAAAAAGUUGACCGUUGAGCUUCCAUAUAUCUUCAAAUUCAAAUCAUCCACCACAGCAACAACAAUGGCCGCUACCAGAAAGCGAAACCGAACAACCACCGAUCCACCUCUCCCUCCGAGUUCCAACCAUGAUCACCACACCAUUUCUCAGUACGAACUCUGCAGAGAACAAAGAAUCCGCGAGAAUCGUGAGAGAAUGGGAAAACUCGGCAUUUUCGACCUUUCCCUCAAGCUCAAAACCCACAACCCUCCAUCUUCACGCCGCACAACUCCAUCCUCCGCCAACAAAACCCCGCCGUCACUCCACCCCUCCGGUCCCACUCGCCGCUCUUCCAGAUUGCAGAACGUGGCUCCUGUUAGUUACUCUGAAGCGCCACCCAAGAAGUCUGAGAUUGUGGGAAGUAGAAGGAUUGUGAUUGAAGAAGGUUCCAAGCCUGAGGUUUACACUGAAGAGCAUGAGAAGCUGUUGGGGAACACGGAGAGGACCUGGACGCUGUUUGUUGAUGGUUAUGGCAAAGAUGGGAAACGAAUUUAUGACUCCUUUCAAGGGAAAACUUGCCAUCAGUGCAGGCAAAAAACUCUUGGUUAUCGUACAUGCUGUUGCAAAUGCAACAUGGUACAAGGUCAGUUUUGUGGAGAUUGCUUGUACAUGAGAUAUGGAGAGCAUGUACUUGAAGCUUUGGAGAAUCCAGAUUGGAUAUGCCCGCCUUGUCGUGGAAUCUGCAAUUGUAGCUUAUGCCGUCAGGCAAAAGGAUGGGCUCCUACUGGCAUGCUAUAUAAAAAGAUAUCAAACUUGGGUUACAAGUCAGUUGCGCACUACCUCGUUCAAACCCGGCGCGCAGAAAUUAUAGAAGUUGACAAAGAUGCAGAUGCUUCCAACCCAGUAUCAGCAAAGAGGUCUCUACCUUUCUCUGAUGUGACCAAGUCUCAUGAGGUCAACGAUCUUGACUUACCACUGAAAAAAAAAAAAAAACCACUGAAGGCUCAAGCUGAAACUUCAAAUAAUGGUGAUGAAGUUUUGGCAAAGAGAUCGUUGCUUUUCUCUGAUGAAAAAGGGCAGCUUGCAAAAGUUGAGGGUUCAGAUACAGUGAAGCCACUUCAGCUUGAAAACGUUGAGUGUUCUGAUACCAUGAAGCCCCUUGCUUCUUCCACCAAACCUUGCACAGACGGCAUUGCUGGAAGGCUUAGGUCUAGGACCAAAAAACUGUGAUAAGGAUGGGUUCUUUCUGCUCAACCUGGGUAUAUUUUGGGGUGUUAUAUACAAUGCUUAAUUCCCGAGAAAACAUUUCGUUUUUUGAGAAAAUUGAAAUUGGUAAUUUGGAAAACCUAUUUAAACUAAAGGUUUAUGAUCAAGAUUUAUGAUCAUAAUUUGAAUU